AAUACCGUAGAAUUUACUCGUGACGUACUGAAGGGGAGGGGCGACAUUUUUUCUUCCCAUAUUUUAUUAUAUUUAUUUAUUUCAUUUUUUCGAGACAAAAAUGGAGAACGAUGGCCAUAUGUCUUACCAAGAGCAUACGGACGAUUAAACGUGUCUUCGAUUUGUAGUAGCAGGCUAGCUGACAGAGCUAAUGAAAAAAACCCACAAAACAAGAAUCACACAAUAGAAAACGAGAACAAUAGCCACCCUCACCCGUGUAUUCAGAGUUGCUCUUUCAUUUUGACCAAUACUGCUGGAAUUUACAACGAAAGCCGCAGCAGGCACUUCAGCUGUGAAAUAUUAUUUAUUUUUUCACAUGACGCUUUCUGUCGAAAUCAUGUGCCAUUUUGCAUGCUUUGAUUGAAGACCUCAAGAACACGUUGGAAGACGUAUGAGAGACCAAGACAAGAAACGAGGAGAGGGGUCAAAGAAAGGAGUGAAUGGCACAAACAACGCUCUGUGUUGCGUCUAGAAAUGCAUUGUUAUCUACCCAUUUGGCAACCCUUUACAUCUGACAACAUUCAUCUAGAGUAGAGAACACGGGCAAGGAGGUAAAAGCUAGCACCUUGCUAGCUAGCAAUUCGUGUAACAACAUGGAACGCAUGUGAACGUGCCCGGCGGGACCCAGAAUCAUCAAGGAAAGGCUGCAGGAGAAAGAAACAAGGAAGCGAUCCUACAGCUAUAUCAAGGCUAGCUAGCUAACUGUUGGCUAAUAUUAUUUCUAAUGCGCGACCAAGGAGUAUGCGACUCGAUACCAAGAGUUGACUGCAGACGGGAUGUCAGGCAGUAAGGCUCUGGGCGGGGCGCGGCGGCGGCGGACGCGGUGCCGGCGCUGCCAGGCCUGCAUGCGGACCGAGUGCGGAGAGUGCCACUUCUGCAAGGACAUGAAGAAAUUCGGCGGGCCGGGGAGAAUGAAGCAGUCCUGUCUGCUUCGACAGUGCACGGCGCCGGUGUUGCCCCACACGGCGGUCUGCUUCUCCUGCGGGGAGGCUGGGAAGGAGGACACGGUGGACUCGGAGGAGGAGAAGUUCAACCUCUGUCUCAUGGAGUGCACCAUCUGCAAUGAAAUCAUCCACCCCAGCUGCCUCAAGAUGGGUAAAGCAGAAGGCAUCAUAAACGACGAGAUCCCGAAUUGCUGGGAGUGUCCGAAGUGCCACAAGGAAGGCAAGACGAGCAAGGACGGGGGCGACGGCUCGGGGAAGAGGCGCAUGGACAACGGUGAGGUGGGCCGGUGGAAGCUGACUGACGAUCCUCCGCCCAGCAAAAAGAAGCCCCCCUCCUCUUCAGAGGAUGGGGGGCGGCAGGAUGGUCACAAGAGGAAGAAGGAGAAGGAGCAGCCACAAGAGAGCGGGCCUAAGAAGAAGAUGAAAGGAGCCCAUGAAAAACGCUUAAAAAAGAAACAGAAGCCCAACACAUCAGAGGCUCCUGAACCCAACGGGCCCAACUCCUCCUCCGGAGGCAGUCAGGGUUCCGGGGGGGGCUCCAACCCCACGCAGCCCCCCACCUCUACGGCCAGCCAGGACCAGCGCUCGCAUCACCGCGAGAAACUGGAGCGCUUCAAGCGCAUGUGCCAGCUCCUGGAGCGUGUCCGCGAGUCCAGCUCUUCGAGCUCGUCCAGUUCCGAGUCGGACUCGGAGUCUGAUUCCGACUCGCCCUCCGGUUCAGAUGGUCGGCGCGGUUCUGAGCCCGCCUCGCCUGUACCUGCAGCCUAUAGCAACAGCACCAGGGAGCGAAACCGGGAGCGGGACCGAGAGAGGGACAGGAGGCUGGCGGAGCUGGGCUUCAGCGCCAGCGAGGACUCUGAGGGAGAGGGUAGUGUCAAAGAGGAGGAGGAGGAGGCGGCGGUGGAGGAACAGGGGGUUGGAGAUAAACCCAGACGCAGGGGGGAGGGGCCUCCGCGAGGCCGCAAAGGGCUCACCACGGACGGAAACGAUGAGGAGAGCGGGGAGAGGAGUCGGAAAUCCACUCCCCUGCCCCCGCCCUCCCCUCUCUCCUCCACCCAGCCCCCACCCUCCACGGGCCACGGCCCCUCGCCUGUUUCCGAGGGCUUCUCUGGGAAGCGCAGCAACGGGUCUGAGACGCGCAACGGACGGACACGGGCUGGGGUUAGGGACCGGGAGACCCAGGAGAAGGAGAACGCCAACAACAGCGGAGGCGGAGUCUCGGUAGCCAACCACCGGCACGGCCCUGGAAAGGGUACCAAGGGCAACAAGAUCCGUAGCAACAAGCAAACGGGUUCCCAGCCGACGUCGAGGAACAGCGGCGGCAACUCCUCCGCCGCCGCCGCCACCACCACGUCCAACGGUGGAGGGGGUGGGCUGCUGAGCCCGGGCAACAACGCGUCCGGGGGCAUGUCAGCCCUCGCCGCCUCCCCCCGCACGCAGCCGUCCCGGAUGGCCCCGCGCUCGCAGAUGAUGAAGCGCAGCCCCCCCGCGGUGCCCUCGCCCCCCCGGCCGGUGCAGAUGGAGCGGCACCUGGUGCGACCGCCGCCUGCCUGCCCUGAGCCCCACUGCCUGCCCCUGGACGGAGGCUCCUCCCACGUGAUGCCCCGCGACGUCUGGCUACGCGUCUUCCAGCACCUUAGCCAGAGGGAGCUGUGCGUCUGCAUGCGGGUCUGUCGGACGUGGAGCCGCUGGUGCUGUGAUAAGAGGCUGUGGACUCAGAUUGACCUGAGCCGGCAGCGGUCCAUCACCCCUCCUAUGCUGAGUGGUAUAAUCCGCAGGCAACCGGUCUCCCUUAACCUGGGCUAUACCAACAUCUCCAAAAAGCAGCUCAUGUGGCUUAUUAACCGCCUACAAGGUCUGCUGGAGCUGAACGUGUCAGGCUGUCCUUGGUCAUCUGUGUCAGCCCUCUGCCAGGCAGCUUGUCCCUGUCUGCGUCUGCUCGACCUCAGCCGCGUGGAAGACUUGAAGGACUCUCACCUGAGGGAGCUGCUGGCUCCCCCUGCAGACACCCGGACAGCUCAUGGAGAGAGCAGAGGUGGGAGGUUCCAGAAUGUUACUGAGCUGAGAUUGGCCGGACUGGACUUGACAGAUGCCACGUCCCGCCUUUUGGUGCGCUACAUGCCCCACUUGACCAAGCUGGACCUGAGUCAGUGUGGCAACAUCACGGACCAGACCAUUCACACGCUGACCUCCCACAUGUCUCCCCUGAAGGAGAGCCUCACCCAUGUCAACCUGGCAGGCUGUGUGAAGGUGACGGAGCAGUGCCUGCCCCUCUUGCGCCGCUGUGCCUCCCUGCAGAGCGCCGACCUGCGCUCCUGCACUCUGCUCACUCCGGAGGCCUGUCAGCUCCUCUCUUUUCCUUCCCCUGACGACAGAGUGCUGCUUAAGAACAGCUAAGGACCUGGAACACCCCCAUCCCGUUACCCCCCCCCCCCCCUUUUACCACCACACUACAGAGAUCUGGAGCAGGAGCCGUGCAAGUGGAAGGGCAGAAGAGGAAAUAAGAGGACCAUGGACCUUUGCCUACCUUUCUCUGGGUCAACUUCUUUAUCAAUGGACAUCUUUUGUGGGGGGGGGGGGGGGUUCGCAUGUACAUAUUCGGUAUCUGUACAAUAGGUGUGUGUAUAUAAAUGUAGUUUACUGUAAAUGAUCCGUUCUCCGUCUCUGGCCCUUACCUCCCUCCAUCACUCCAACCCCGACCCAACCUUGGAACACGCGAUUAUCCAGCCAACAUGUGUAAAGGCGCCACCGUAUUGAACUAGCAUAAUUUGCACUCCAUAGUCAAAAGCUUGUGACGGACUAAUUGCUCUUUUGUGGCGUCUGACUACGAAGAAUGUAUCCAAUGCCAGAGGCUAUGCCCUAUCGGAAGCCGUUUAAUGUAAAGACGGAUACUGGGCUGGUGUGUGCGUGCGUGCGUGCGUGUGCGUGUGUGUGUCUCUGUAAGUAUGUUUGGGAGAUGUAAACAGUGUUAAAUGUGACAAUUGGAGAGCUAGAGAGAGAAAGAAAUGGCGAUGUGCCCAGUGUCUGUUUACUUUACUCCUAAGCUUUCUGCUGCCCUCUAUCUUUCGGGGAAGGAGGGGGGGGGUAAAGGACAUUCAAGGUCCUACAUAUCCUGUUUAAUGGCCGAGAGCCCAGAACUUCUACCCCCGACCACCGCACUCCAGUAAAAACCCCAACCUACCCCAUC